AUGUCGACGUAUACCUGUAAUACAUGUGAGCUGCAAUUUUCGAGUAGCCAGGCUCAAAGAGAGCAUAUGAAGUCGGACUGGCAUCGCUAUAAUCUGAAGAGACGGGUUGCUCACUUGUCACCGAUCACUGAGGAAUUGUUCAACUCGAAGGUUCAAGCAGUGUCUAAUCAAGAGGCAGAAAUGCAGAGCUCUGAAGACAAGAAGCAGAUGACCAAAAAAGAGGCUAGAAGAAGGGAGAAGGAGGCUCUACUGGAGAAAAAAAGAGAGUUAUUGAAGCUAGCUGAGCAGAAUGCCUUGAAAAAGAUGAAGGAGCAGGAGGUGCCACAGGGGGGAAAGGCGGAAAGAGCGGAACCGAAGGUGGAUGAAUCACCUUCAGCUGAGGAUUUGACUGAAGAGCAGCUGGCGGAGAAACUGAUGCAACAGAAGAUCGACAACAAAGUGGAUAUACCGUUGACUGAAUGUUUCUUUUGCACCAAGAGUAAAAAUUCGAAGACCGUCGAACAGAAUCUGGACCACAUGUUCAAGAAUCACGGCUUCUAUAUACCCGAACAGAAGUACUUGACCGAUCGAGACGGGUUGCUGGAAUACAUAUCUGAGAAAAUCGGCCUUGGAAAUGUCUGCAUUGUGUGUAACUUCCAAGGUAGGACGUUGGAAUCCGUCAAAGCUCAUAUGUUGGCCAAGAGACAUUGCAGGAUCCCUUACGAGGAGGAAGACGAAAAGCUUGAAGUGUCACAGUUCUACGACUUUUCGAGUACCUACAAGCAGCACCAAUCAGUCGAUGCUGCUGAGACUAACGAGGAUGACUGGGAAGAUAUUGGAAGUGGUGAGGAAGACGCCAGCGACGAUGAAGAUGUUCCGCAAGAUUACAUCUACCACGACGGUGUAGAGCUUCAUCUACCGACCGGCAUCAAAGUCGGUCACAGAUCACUGCAACGUUAUUACAGGCAAAACUUACGGCCUGAGGUUGAAUUGACCGAGGGACAGGGCACGCUGGUGGCAGCAGAAACCAGGUCAUUCCUCACAUCCUUUGACAGAAAGCAAGUUCAAGUCCAACAACGGGUCUGGCAAACAGAGGUCAAAGACAAGAAGAGACACGAUAAAAGAGCUGCGAAAUUCAUCAAUAAUCAACCUCAUUAUAGAGACCAAUUAUUACAAUAA